GAUGGCAAGGAACCCACAAAAGAUGAAUGUGGCACAGAAGCUGGAAACAGUGAACAGGUGUAUGGGACACACCAAGAGAGGUCUGGAAGAUGGACGCUACACAAGAGGUCUGAUUAAGAUGAGAUGCUUCACAGCAGAGAAGUUGCUGGAUGAGUGGCAAGAGUCAUUCACUGAAGAAAUGGAAGACCGAGUAGCAGAAACCAGAAGAAAAAUAAAGAAAUAUCUUAAGACAGUUGAACAGGGUUACUCACCCAAAGUCGAAUACCCACAAGGAAUGAAUGUGAGGGAUGAUAUUGAGAAAGAAGAUGUCGAAGCUGACAUCAAAAAUAUAUAUAUAGGAGCAGCUGGAAGCGUGUUUGAAAAGAAUAGUUCAAGAAGUAGCAGUUGCUCUAGUGAGAGAAACACUUCCUCAGGAAAGAGAAAGAGAGAGAUGCAUGGAAGCAUAAAUGAUGAAGACAGUAUAGAAAUGGCAGCUGAGCAGGCAAAGGAUGGAAAAAAGAAACCCAUUAGGCCAGACACACAAAGCCGGGCAGAAAGGCAAAGCGUAAGCGUUUUUGAUAAAAUGGUAGAGGACAGUGACAAUGACGAAGUUGAUACUACCCCGAGAGGGGAUGAUACUCUCCCAUAUGACAUGAAUAGAGAAGGAUGGUGGAUGGGAGAAAAGGAGAAUGUAUUGGCUGAGUUAGGCGAAAUGAUAGAAAUGGAAAGAAGAGUGAGAAAAGAUGAGACAGCUCGAUUCGAAGCCAGACAAAAUGAGAAAGAGAACAGGCUAAAGGAAGAGCUGGAAGAAAGAGAUCAUCAGUUGUCUGUGUUGGUGAAAGCUACUAUAAGCAGUAGAGUAGAAAGCAUGGAAGCAGAGACAAGAAAGGAAAAUAACAAAUUACAUGAAAAAUUGGAGAUGGUCCAGGAAAAAAUGGAAAGGCUAGAGGCCCAAAUGGCAAAGAUGACAAGCGAGCAAAGAAUGGGUACGCCAGCAAAAACAGAAAGAAGAGAAAGUAUAAUCCCGAAUACCACAAUUCUGUUCGAAGGAGAGCCCAAAAUGUUUGAAGGUUUUAUAGUAAGGCACGAAAGCAUUCUGGCUAGGUAUGGCGAGGUUGAGGAAUGGGAGAAAUUUGAACUGCUGUAUACUCAACUAAGUAACGAUGUGAAGAAAGAUAUUAGAAGAUUCAGAUACUCACCCAAGGAAGGCUACAAGAGCGUGAUGAAAUUCCUUAGGCUACGAUACGGUGAGGUAAAAAGCAAGUGUACUGAUGCGUUUACAAGAUUGGAAAGGUUGGGCAGAAUAAAAGAUGGCAAUAUCUAUCAGUUAGAGGAACUAUCCCAGAUCCUGACAGAGGUGUAUGGAGACUACGAGGACCGGAAUGACUUAGAUAAUGGACAAUUGGAAGCAAUGCUUGUGGUUAUCAGUAAAUUCAAUAUGAGUGCUCAGUUGAGAGCUGAAUGGAAUAGUGAGCAAACAAGAGCAAAAAUGAGCCUAUCCAUGGCAGAUAUGAUAUCAUUUAUGGAGGCCCAACACCAAGGACUGGCAAGAGCGAUAGGCCAGCAAAAGAGGGUGACUACUGAGAGUAGAAACGAACACGACGAUGGAAAGAAAAGGGAGCAAGGGUGCUACUCGUGCGAAAAACGCAUCUCUUGA